UUUGAAUUGCCCGCCCUUAAAACUAAACUAAACGUGCACCAGUGCGAACGUGCGAACGCGCAGCGGAAGAAUUAUUGUUUCCAGCGUCUCCGAAGACUGAAGCAGGACUUAAAGUCAGAACGGUUCGCAGAACGCGUGUUUCAGUGCUUUAUCAAUCAGUUAUUGCCGAAAACAAACAGAAAUACCAACUCCCCCUCAGUGAAUAUGUGAAAAAAACACUCUCCUCAAAACUUCAACUCACAAAAAACAAAUAAGAAAUAAGAAACUUUUUAUAUUCCUGCGUUUUGGGAUUACCAGAGUCAGAAAGUUUCUCGGGAUUACUUGGAAGGAUUAUUUGAUAAAGGAGAACCCCAUAACAACAGACAAUCAAAAUGGUCAACAAACAGUAUACGGCCAACGAUCUGGAGGCUUUUAUGAAGAUCGCCGCCAACUGGCAAAAUUCCAAUCACAACUUGCUGGAGGGCGUCGACUUGAAGACAGAAAUGACACAGUACAUGAACAGUCCGUCGAUGAACAUGUACAAGAAACGAGAACGCACCCAGAACUGGAAUCAUCAGGAGAAGAAGUAUCUCCUAGAUUUGUGCCGCAAGGAUAUGCGAAUCAUAGAGAACAAGCGUCUGGAUGCCGGACUGACUGCCGUGAAGAACAAGGCCUGGAAAAUCAUACAUCAAAAGUUUUCCAAUCAAUUCGGCACCGAUCGCACUUGUAAUCGCCUCAAGGAACAAUGGCGGCGCAUGAAAGCCUGCACUCGCAAUGAGAUCCUGGACUAUAACAAUCGCCUGGCCAGGUUCGGAGCCGAGGUUGCUGAUCGCAAGAAGCCGUCGCCUUUCACUUUCGAGGUCUGGGAUUUCAUGCAGGAGGCCAAGAAGGCCUGCAAAUCAGAGGCCCUGGAUGGCAUCGACUACUCAAAGAUACCCUUGGCCCUGGAGGAGGGCUUCGAGUAUCGGGAGGACUACAAAUUCAAUGCCGAUGAGCAUGAUAUGGAUGACAGCCGCACACCACCACAGGAACUGUGCGAUGUGGACAUCAAGGAGGAGGAGACCAAUGAGACCUUUAACGAGACCUUCAACAAUCACCACCUGAAUCAGAGCGACAUCCAUGGAGCCAGUGGCGAGCGGCUAAGUGUGUCGCCGAAUCACAGCCGGAACGGCAUCCACGAGGCCGAGAGUCCUGCCACAGUUUCCACCGCCGUCUCUGCCCUGGACGCCAGUGGUAGCGGCGGUUAUAUGGCCGGCGGAGCUGAUAUGUCCUGCUUUGGUGGUAACUUCAGCGUGAACAACAUAUCCGCCACGCUGGAGGCCCUCAAUGCCCUGCGUACCGGCCAGUUUCCGAGUGCAGCAGCAGCGGCUGCAGCCGCCAUCCAGCAGCAUCAUCAGGCUGCGGCACUGCAGCAUCAGCACGGCAACAACAACAACAAUAACGAGGAGGACGAUGAUGUUAUGAAGCCACUGGCCAAGAGGCAACGCACCAGUAGUGGCAGUGUUUUGGGUAGCGAGGAUCAGCCACAAUCCCUGGCAGCCGCAACACUGCCCAAUUCGUCAGAUUGCCAGGCCUUGGAGCGAUCCAGUGCCGCCAGCAGCAGCAGCAAUGGAGCCGCUGUGGGUACCAACAACAACAACAACAGUAGCAGCAGCAGCCAGAACAACUUUGAGCUGCGGAUGUUUAUGGAAAUGCAGAGCAAGGAGCACAUGAUGCGAAUGAAGAUCCUGGAGGUGCAGUUGCAGGCGGCCAAGCACAGUCGCGAUUUGGUGGAGAUCAACAAGACGCUGGCGCUGCAAAAGCUGCAGGAGCUGGCCAGCAAGCGGCUGCCCAGUUAGGAGGCAGUGCAGCAACCAUACAGCCACUAUCAUGUUUCGUGUUACAUUAGUUUAUAGAAAGAAAAUUACAAGAACAAAACCAUCUCCUACGCCAUGUUCGCGGGCAGAUUGGCUAUAUAGUUUAGCCCAUAGUUUUAGUAAUAAGUUGAAAGCAGGAUUCACCGAAAAACAAACACAAAACACACAGACACAGAGACACCGAGUUGUAUGCUACACAACAUUCCUGGCAUUUUGAUGAUCAGUAUUUAAAAUGAAAAGCUAGAAGCGAAUCCACCCGACUCACGUUUGUUCACAGAGAGGAGCAGGGGGCGCUCGGAAGUAUGCCAUAAUCUAAAGCCCAAUCAGCCUACCUCACACACACACAGACACAGUUACAAAACAAACACAUGAACACACACCAGCACACUCUCUUCUGGCCUAACCAGCACUUGACCAAGUCAAGUCAAGUUUAGUUAGUUUCUAGUUUUUAGUUUGUACGGCAAUCACUCUCCAAGUUGCUCAACUACCACAAAUGUAUUGUACUUAUGUUUUUUGACUCUGCUCUACCACUAACGAUUCAAGCAUACCUCAGGGUAUCGUAAAAAGAAAGCACAAAUAUAUAUUUUUCAUAGUCCUUAAGUUAAUUUGAUCGAUAUAUACACCAUUUUAUCUAUAUAUAUAUUAUUAUAUAUGACUAUGCAGCACUACAAUCGGCAACUGUCUCUGAUUUUGAUUUGUACUAGUAAUUUGUAUUUAUUUUUAUCUUUGUAUAGACUAUGUUGAUAUGAUAUAUGAACCCUCUGCAUAAUAUAUGUAUAUGUUUGUUUGAAUGCCAUAUUAAAUGAAAGUUCAUUUUAA